UGUGACCUCCCAUUAUCGUGGCGCAAAGGUCGCGACAAUGCACUUUUGAUCCUUACCACUUCACAGCUUAAUCCGGCUCAUUACUCCUAUGCGGAACUCUUCACUGCUACCUCUGGCAUCGACAUGCUAUGUCCGUUUGGACAAAACAAGUAUCUCGGCAUCAGUGGUACAGACGACGAGCUCGACGACCCAAGCCAAGUGCCCAGACCUCCCCCUCCCAUCACAACGUCUCCUACCUCACAAGAGUUGCAGGGAGAGAAUGACGAUGAAGAAAUCAUGUUGACGUUUCAAGAGGCCCUAGUUGAUAACUCGCCUACUGAUGCCCCCCCAGCUCAGUCCAACCAGCCUCACACUCUAGAUUCAUUGUCCCCUCCCUUACCACAAGGCCCAGGUAUCCGUCCCGACAACUAUCUGCUGUAUAGCAGACGCUGGAUUCACAAACAGACGGUCUGCUGUCUAGUGGUUAAUAAGGACUUUGUUUCAAAAUCGCUCAAUCGACUUGAGUGCGUCCAUGCAGGCUAUACGAAAGUCAACAAACGGAUUGACAUGUCAGCAGGGCGUAUCACUAAACAGAACUUAUUCCUCGUCAGAGAUAUCUUUCUUACCAUCCUUCAUUCCGCUUGGACUCUUUCUAUUGGCAUACUUCAUUCAACUACAGCAACUCUCAGCGGUAUUUCUUGCUCAUCAAUCAACAUAGGCAUGAUGAAGGCUUCAAGAACCACAGUGAAAAUUACCAGUCAACUCCUCAGCAUCAUUUCUACUCGCCCUUUACCUGACAUCUCCCAGGUAUUCUUAUGGGAUGGUGGAUAUAUUACAGCGUGUUCGGUGAUUCAAGGUUCCUCGCAGUCCACAGAACGUGUCGUUGUUGUGACCGUCCCAGGUUCUCUCGUCGAGCCUGUCAAUCCCAAGCCUACCUUCAUUAGACUAUGCAACAACAUCAAUGUGGAUGAGUUCUUGCAAGUGAAUGGGGGCCAGAGCACGUGGCAGAUAUCGCGAGACGCUCUGCAAGCAGCUUGUGACCUGCUAUGGGCAAAAGCAGUGGAGAUAAAUCUCCCCCUUAAGUCAAUUGCAGUUGUGACUCCUUUGGACGAGACCAAAUUUCCUUACAGACAUUCAGAUGGUAAGUGUUUCGUGUUUCACAUCUUCCAGGAGCAUGAGGAGUACGUGGUACCGGGACAGAGAGAGAUUGGUGUACCACUGCCCGCAAGCAUUUGGAAGGAGAUGAGGCUCACAGACCUGGAGCAGACUGCUUCACGCAUCCCAAAGACUCAUUGGCAACCUUCCUACAUUCCUCUGGGCGAAAUCGGCAAGGAGAAUGUGCCUCUGUUAGUUUCUCGUGGAUCCAAAUGUGCUGGAGCACAAGCUGGUCCAUCCUGUCCAUCAGAGAAGGCCCAAAUGACCGUUGAAACUGCAGUUUCUAUACUCAGUGCUUGA